GGGGCCUGUCAAUUUGUCGUGCGGGGGCCAAACGGCGCCGAUCGCCGCGAGGUGGGCGCUCUUCCUCUCCCCGCAGUUGUGAAGGCCCCGCCCACCUGCGCGCUCCCUCGGCAUCUGGGCGGAGGCGCGGACUGCCCGCCCGGGGCUGCUGCCGCUGCGGGGCGGGGCGGCCGCUCCGUGCCCCGCUUCCCCUCUGGCUCGGAACACCGCUGCGGGUGUGCCCUCCCCGGCUGGCCCGCUCACGGAGCUCCCCGGGCAGGGUCAGCGAGCAGCGCCCAGAUCGCCGCCGGCUGGACGCCGCGUCUCUUCCCUGCCGCACGGCUCAUCCGGCCGCCCUCAGGCCACCCGCAGCAGCUCCGGCCGCUCCGCGGAACCGUGCUUUUCCUCUAGAAUGUAAGCAUUAUGGUGAAGAAAAGAUACUGCUAUCAACAGUGUAACUCUCAUAGAUGUAUUUUUACUACAGAUACUACCAAGGCUUCACGAAUGGAAUGAACAUGUUGCUAUUGACUGCUUAUUGACAGCAACCAGCUGGGCACUUCACUGGUGAUGUUUUCGUUGUCACGUUGUCCUGUUGGAGUUUGCUUAUACUGACUUAAAAAGAGGAAGAAAUCAAAGUGAAGUACCAUAAAAUUGAUAUGGACAAUAAGAAGAAAGACAAGGACAAGCCAGAUGAAAGAAUGGCACGGCCUGGUGGGAGGUCAGGCCAUAAUCCAUGUGGAACUGGUUCAUCAAAUUCUGGAGUGUUAAUGGUUGGCCCUAACUUCAGAGUUGGCAAAAAAAUUGGAUGUGGUAAUUUUGGAGAGCUACAUUUAGGAAAAAAUUUAUACACAAAUGAAUAUGUGGCAAUUAAGCUGGAGCCAAUGAAGUCGAGAGCACCACAGCUACAUUUGGAAUACAGAUUCUACAAGCAGCUAGGAUCUGGAGAUGGAAUUCCUCAGGUUUACUAUUUUGGCCCAUGUGGCAAAUACAAUGCUAUGGUGAUAGAACUGCUUGGACCUAGUCUGGAAGAUUUAUUUGACUUGUGUGGUAGGAUGUUUUCUCUUAAAACCGUUCUUAUGAUAGCCAUACAGUUGAUUUCUCGUAUGGAAUAUGUCCAUUCAAAGAACUUGAUAUACAGAGAUGUAAAACCUGAGAACUUCUUAAUAGGACGACCUGGAAACCAAACCCAGCAAAUUAUUCAUAUUAUAGAUUUUGGUUUGGCAAAGGAGUAUAUAGAUCCAGAAACUAAGCAGCACAUAGUUUAUCGAGAACACAAGAGCCUUACAGGAACAGCUAGAUACAUGAGUAUAAAUACACAUUUAGGAAAAGAGCAAAGUAGAAGAGAUGAUUUGGAAGCUUUAGGUCAUAUGUUUAUGUAUUUUCUCAGAGGAAGCCUUCCAUGGCAAGGUUUAAAGGCUGACACAUUAAAAGAACGUUACCAGAAAAUUGGAGACACAAAACGAGCAACCCCUAUAGAAGUAUUAUGUGAAAACUUCCCAGAGGAAAUGGCUACAUACCUACAUUAUGUAAGGAGGCUAGAUUUUUUUGAGGAGCCAGACUAUGACUACUUAAGGAAGCUCUUCACAGACUUACUUGAUCGGAAAGGCUAUAUGUUUGAUUAUGAAUAUGACUGGAUUGGCAAACAGUUGCCUACUCCAGUGGGUUCAAUACAUUCAGACCCUGCACUAUCUUCAAACAGAGAAUCAUAUCAGCACAGACAUAAAAUGCAGCAAUCCAAAAAUCAGUCAACAGACCAUAGGGCAGCCUGGGACUCGCAGCAAGCCAAUCCACAUCAUUUGAGGGCUCACCUAGGAGCUAAUAGACAUGGUGGCUCGGUACAGGUGCUGCUGCUUUUUAAAGCAGAAGAAAAGAAAAAACAUUCAUCGCCACAAAUGACUAGAAGCAAGCAGAACAUGGGAAAUUGCUUCUGUUCAACUGCUGUCUUGUGAUCAUCAAAAAAAAAAACAACCAACCAACCACCACCCCCCCCAUCUGCUGUCCCUGAAAAAAACCCCAAAAUGAAACGCUAUAAACAAAACCACACCUCUGUAAUGAUCACACAUUUUCCAAGGACUCAGUUAGAAACAAUGCCAUGCCUGCGUGCUUUGAUUUGGUUCUCCUGCAGCCAUCUUCUGUUUCUUUAACUCAUCUAUUCUGAAAGCUUUAAGGUUUUGUAAAUGAGUGCUGCUUUGACCAUCAAUAAAUGGACCAAUGAAAUGGUAAAAAAGAAUAUCUGUGGCAAAACUAAACUUGGAGGAGUAUAUUUCCUGUUCUAGGAAAUAACUAGCAGUGUCUUAGCUGAAGACAGAUGUCAUAAAUCUGUGGUUUGAGUUCAUAGCAGUGUAUAAAAAUCAAUUUUCCUCAAAAAUGAGAAGAAAAAUACAGAUGCACAACCAUAUAGAAAAAUAAUAAAAUCUCAAGAUUUCUUUUCUGACACAUGCAUCAAUAUUUUUUCUUUUGUCCCAGUAUUACUGGCAAUACUGUAGUAAAAUUGCAUCAGUAUUAAACCCUAUGUGUGAAACCAUGGUACAGCCACUGUCUAGAGAUACUGAGGAGGCAGAUGUAACUGUUGAUGGUUGUCUAAACAUCGCAAUACUCAUGAACAGGAAGUAUUUCCAGUAGCCUCUGGGUUUGAAAACCUGCUUUUGUUAGAUCUACAAUGGAACUGCAGUACCACAGAAGUGACAGAAGUGUUUGUACAGAGAAUACUGAAGUUUGUAUAACUUUUAAGUUGUGCUUCCAGUAAUGUUAGUAAGUUUGAAAUACCUUCAGAAGAGAUGUACAGAGGAGUUGUAAAAGAAGAAAUAAAUGUGAAUCUGGUUGAAGUGGAAUGAGAUUUAAAGCCUAUAUGCUCAAUAAGGUAAUGGAUGAUUUACAAAUCUUUAAUCUUUAAAUACAGUUAUGCCCUGUAAUAUUAGAGAUCUGUUUGUAAAUUGUUUUACUCUUUAAUUUGAAAAACAAAUGCAGCGGAAGUGAGUUACACUGAAAAACAAGUUUCAAGGAAAAAAAGAUAAAUCUCAAGAAAUUUUGGGUGCUAUGGGGCAAGUACAUAAAGAAAGCAGAAGUUUAACAGCUACAAUAGUAGGAUGGCAAGGAUGUGUCAGGUACUUCCCUGCAGUCCAAUUAAGUGACUGCAAUAUGAACAAAGAGCAGUUCUGUAGACAAGGCAGCCCAUUUCAUAUUUUCUUCAGAAAAUAAAUGUUUCUUUUUAAGCCAUAACAAGAGGUAUGUCUGUCAUGUUUAGCUGCCAGUUAUUGAAGAAGGGUUGUGAAAGUUGGAAGUGAGUAGACAGAUUUGUUGACCAAAACUCAGAUUAUCUCAAUUUUUCAUAAUUGUUCUAGAGCUAAUUAGCAUUUUUCUAUCCACACAUGCCUUUUGGCAUGCUUAUUUAUUAUAUGUUCUGUGGUAGCAUUUAAAAUGUAUAUUCACAUAAAUGCACACCUUUGAAUGAAUUAUUAAGUUUAUGAGGAUUAGUUGUAUUUUGUAAUUUAUUUUUCCUUAACAGACAAAAGUGUGUUUUUUAUUGUUGGGAUUAUGUGUUUAUAUAUAUUCAGUCUUUGUCAUUAUUGCUGUUCAUGAUCUUAAGUUUUUGGUUUCAUAAAACUGGACUUGGCCUAUGAAACCAUUCUGUAUAACGUAAGUUUCCAGUCUACUGGCUUGUGUUGGUGGUCUCACACUCAUUAAGUUAAUUCUUUGGUUUUAUCUGAGCUGAACAGGUAGGUUACUUGACCAUUCUUGUAUGAAAACACAUCCUUCUUUGUAGUACUUGACCAAAUAUGUUGCUUUGUAUGAUUUGCAAGUACAUGUUGUAUGUGUAUUUCUUGCACACCUGAUUAGUUUCAUUCUCAGAGGUUUUUGAUGUGUACACUGUUUGUAUGAUCAGAACUCCAUACACAUGACAAAGUGUGUAUAUUAUGGAUUUUAUAAAAACUGUUUAUUUGCUGAAACGACCAGUAUCGAGGCACUUGCUUUUCAGCAAUAUUUAAGUGCUUGAUUUUAAUGCUGAAGAAGCUUUUCUUCUAGCAAAAGUGGUUGAUAUUAAUACAGGUAUGUUCAGGUUAUGCCAGUAUGAUUUGCAUUUAUAUCCUUUUUUCCUGUCUGAACUAAUGAGCUGUAAACAUGGGCUGGAUGAAAUGAAAUACAUCCCUAUUUAAAUGUAAGGCAAAAAAAAUAAAGAUAGUUUUUCUUAAACUUGCUCUUUUUUUCCCAUGCUUUCCUACAGUCUUGGAUGAAAUAACGGAAGCUGUUGUUUUUAAGAAUUGCUUAACACUUGUACACUUUUUUGGACAGUGAGGAAUUUGAAAGCAUGUUACUCAAAAUGGUACCUCAACAUUGCAGUUAGUUAUGUUUUCUUAGUAAACAGGUGUUACUGUUAUAUGCCUUAAUAUACCUAAUGAUAACAAUAGAGGGAGGAGACUUCAAUGCACAUGUUCUUAACUAGGAAAUCUACUCAUGGUUUCCAUGGAUUAAAUUCUAUGCUGUCUGUGCCACCUAGAAUAAAAGCCUUUACAGAUAUUGUGA